AUGGAUGGACGUCAGCAGUAUGUCCCGGGGCCCCCGCCUUCCUCUCAAGCACAACACAUGAACCUGCCUCCGCCUCCGCCUCGACAUCCACAAGCCCAAACGAUGGUGCCCCCACCUCCUCCUGGCCCGCCUCCAGGGACGACGUAUACUCCGACAGGGUGGCAGCAAAACUGGGCUAGGCCGGCGCUGAACCCAGGCUUCCCACCGCCGCCACCUCUUGCCCCCGCACCAAAUCAGCAUCUAACAUACGGUCGCCCACCAGCUCAGUUGUCGAUCGUUCCUCCGCGUCAUGACCAUCAGCCUCUGACAUCCGCAACUUAUAUACCCGGGAAUGAUACUAUUGGUGUCGGGAUUCCAGGGUUAUUCGACCCCCAUGGAAGAGCCGCUCAUCCAUACGACCCAUAUGCGCACACCAAUGCCGAGAGACAACGGUUGGGUCUCAGCCAAAUGCACGACCACAUCAAUACCUCAAUCCCGUAUAAAACAGACACAAGCCUUCCACAGACCCCCGGGGGCCGCACUAUUUCUUCGCCUUACGCUCUUCAUGGCAACAUUCAUGAAUUAACGUCCAACGACAGUCCGCAGCAGCAGGCGACAGCUCAAAAUACCGAGCUUACCAAAACGACAAGUCAUCGUCACAAUAUCAGCGGCACUUCGCUGGGUGGUUUAUCUCACAGCGAAGCUGCGAUUCAGUGGCCAUUGGAUCGCGUGCUCCUCUGGCUUGCGAAGAAUGGAUUUUCCAACGAUUGGCAGGAAACAUUCAAAUCAUUGGAGCUCGAAGGGGCUGACUUUCUCGAGCUUGGACAUGGAUCCGGCGGGCGAGGAAAUCUUGGGAAAAUGCAUCAAGUGGUUUAUCCUCAAUUGUCAAAGGAGGUUGGCCGGAGCGGCAAAAAAUGGGAACCUGGCCGGGAACGAGAUGAAGGAAAGCGCAUGCGCAAACUGAUCCGUCAAAUUCACGAUGGAUCGCAAGACUAUACUGUCUCUACACCACUAAAUCAGACGCAGCCGCCGGCGACUGCAUUCCCUGAGACCAGUACGGCUUACUUUUCCAAUACUUUUCCCGAGCCACGCUCUGCUGGCCCUGUGCCUGGUGUCAAUGAUGUGAGUCCGGAUCAUUUGAGUGCAUUGCACGCUUCCAAUCAAGGCCAAAAGCAGCCUGGGCAACGUUCGGUUACCAUGCCGGUCCCUGCUGGCCACGAUUCACCCAGAUACAAUGACUCUCCGGCACGAGAAAACUGGGUGCGAUCUGACUAUUUGCGGUCCGAGUAUACUCGCAAUGCCUUGUCGGGAAUGAACACCGACCACCGACGCCAGAGUCCGUCCAUUGGCAGUGAAUCAGGCACUUUUCAGGGAUCAUCCCUUCGACCCCAUGAAGAAAGUCCAAAUAGUGGUAGCCCAGCCAUGCAGAAUGCGUCGCCCGCUUAUGCAGGAGCAUUUUCAUCCUCCACUGGGGAUCUGACGUUAAGACAGUAUGAUCACUCUCGUGGCAAUAGCACCGAAUCGAUCCCCGGAUUCAGUCGGGGCGCCACAGGCCGGUACUACGAUUCACGUAGACAAGGCCAAGAACAUGAUCCUCGCAGGCCAGGCCAAGAGGGUGCUCGUCCCUCGCCUCAAGAUCCCUCUAGUCGGCAAUGGAGUGACCAAACCUCGUCUUCGUACUCCAAGGAACAUAAAGGCUUUUUUUCUAAUAUUCUGAAGAAGAAGGCAAGAGCUACAGCUUCUAACCAGCCAUCUCCCGAUCAGCAGCAUGAAGACUCGUCGCCUACGACGAGCCCGGAGACUCGCCCGAAUGAAGCCUAUCUCCCUUACAUAAAGCCCGCUUACAAUUCUAGCGACAUGUCGGUUGGUGAGCGUCCAUCCACGGCGACCACCAAGACGAAAAAGUGGGUAUUUGUCACCGCGGAUGGUUUGAACUUCCGUUUGAUUGACAUCUCCGAUCUGGAUUCUUUCGAGUCAUUGCGUACCGGGAUCUGUGAAAGCCUCUCCGUCGACCCGACCAGUGCCCAGAUUUACCUCACUCAGCCCGGGCAGAGCGAGCAUGAGGAUCCUAUGAGUGACGCCAACCUCGCACAGUCGCGUCGGAGCAAAUCAGAUGCAUACGGUUCUCUCAAACUGUUUGUACGAGGGACUCCUAUGCUUCCUAUGCCAUCAAAUACUCCUCGAGUCGAUGGCCUGGGAGUUUCAUUCACAGACAAGUCCAAUCUGUCCCCCACGGCAACACACCACCAGGUCCACAGAAAGCCCCUUGACGAAGAUGCCCUUAACAGGUUAUCACCGCAUCGCACCAGACCAGAGUCUCCAUUGUUGGGGUCUCGGCAAAAUACUCUUAAGGCUUCGACAGUGAAGGCAUCCCCGGCAGAGACCGUACAGGACGCAAGCCAAGCUCUUGGGUCUGACAAAUCUGAUUUACUCGCUCGCCACGAAGAGCAUCUCCGUGAAGUCGAACGUAAACAAAAGCAAUAUUUGCAAUCCAAAAUGCCGCAGUCUCAGCAGAAUAAAAAUGCCUACAGUGACACCGGGUACAGGCGAAACGAAGUCAUUGACUUUGAUAGUCCUCGUAUCUCGCCUUAUGAUGAAAAGAAGGGAGACCCGCUUGUGCCACUUCGCAAACCUCCAACAGCGCCAGUCGAGUCCAACACUCUUACCAAGGUCAAUUCUCUCAGCAGGAGACCCACCACUCGUGAAAGCCGUGAAGCUCGGUUACAGCCGUCCUUAGGCGCUGCAAUUGCUAGCGUUGGCCGCAUUACAAGUGCCGUUGGCACGCCAUUGCCUUCCGUACCGUCUGCAUCUACGCCUUCAGCCAACACUCAAGACAGUGCGAGCUCCGAGUCUGAUCGAACAGGAUCAUUUGAUUCUACUGGAACAUUCUCAAGUAGAACAACCCUUGACUCUUCGAGACCCGCUUCGAAGAUGGCCACAGAACGCGAGAAACCGCCAGUCUCAUUUGCCAAUCAGUCACCCGACAAACCUGUUGCUGAAGACCCGCCGAGACCGGGCUUACAAUCUCGCAAGUCGUUCGGUCCAGAGUUCGACUUCGAAGAGAAUCAAGUUUCCUUCCAGCGAACUCCUCAGCAGCAACAGGACUCAGAUGAUGACUCUGACGAUGACUCGGACGAUGGCCUAUUCCAAGUCCGACCUUCAAGGGCCCAGGAAGAACAGAGAGAUGCGCAAGCCGAGGCCGAAAAGAAGUCGGAGCGGCCAUCGCUCACUGUGAACACAAAAGAUAAAUUAAGAUCAAAAUUAUCUGUCAGGUUCCAACCAUCUCCGAGUACUGCCGGUCCCAGUUCCAGCGGAGAGGCAUCUGAUGGGAAGGAACCGGUUUCUAGUACCUGGGGACCAGUCUCGCCUGAAGAUGAGAGGCCUUUACCACGGCGAGAGUCAUUUGCCCGAGAUAUUUGGGCAAGCAGACCUGCUGUCGAAGGCGUCAUCGACCAUCUCGAUGACUUCUUCCCUGACGUUGAUCUUGACGCUCCUUACUUGGAUGAGCCCUCAUCGCCCAAUAGCAAGGCUAUCAGCGAACAUGACGCGAGCCUCAAAGACAAAAAGGAAGCCCCAUCCCCCAUGCCGCAUGCAACCAAUGCGCCUGACACAGCUCCGGUGAGAACACCUGAACCUGCCAAUUUUGCUCGACACAAACUUGCUCGUGGUGGCGGCGGUGGCGGUGGACUCUCUCGCAUGAAAUCCAUUCGACAAGUGGCUCAGGGAGCGAACCGGACGAACAGCAUUAGCACUGCUGGUCCCCAAAGGUCGGGUGAUCUCCUGCGCCGAAAGAGUACCAAGAUGUUCGGCGCCAAGAUUAUGCAAAUCAGGCCCAGGCCAGGCACCCGGCUUAGCCAACUCGAUCCGAUUCCGCAAAACAGCACCCAACUGGCGUCCAAUACCGGGCCUGUUCCUCAGCGACAGCCCACUUUCCGCAUCAUCCGUGGUCAGCUCAUCGGCAAGGGUACUUACGGUCGUGUAUACCUAGGCAUGAACGCGGACAAUGGUGAGGUUUUGGCAGUCAAACUAGUCGAGAUCAACCCGCGAAUUGCAGGAGCAGACAAAGACCGCGUCAAGGAGAUGGUCGCCGCUCUGGACCAGGAGAUCGACACGAUGCAGCACCUCGAACACCCCAACAUCGUGCAGUAUCUUGGAUGCGAGCGUGGCGAGUUCUCCAUCUCCAUCUACCUGGAGUAUAUCUCCGGUGGAUCCGUCGGAAGCUGUCUGCGCAAGCACGGCAAAUUCGAAGAAAGCGUUGUGAGAUCAUUAACGCGGCAAACCCUGGGCGGACUGGCAUACCUGCACGAUAAGGGAAUCCUUCACCGCGACUUGAAAGCAGACAACAUCCUCCUGGAUCUCGAUGGCACGUGCAAGAUCUCCGACUUCGGUAUCUCCAAGAAGACAGACGAUAUCUACGGCAACGACUCGUCCAACUCCAUGCAAGGCUCCGUCUUCUGGAUGGCCCCGGAGGUCAUUCAGUCCCAGGGCCAAGGUUAUAGUGCCAAGGUCGAUAUCUGGUCCCUUGGCUGUGUGGUGCUGGAGAUGUUCGCGGGCCGUCGACCAUGGAGCAAGGAGGAGGCCAUCGGCGCUAUCUUCAAACUCGGCAGUCUGAGCCAGGCUCCACCGAUUCCGGAUGAUGUUUCUAUGAACAUUAGUCCGGCGGCUCUUGCAUUCAUGUACGAUUGUUUCACAAUUGACUCGGCCGAACGCCCUACUGCCGGAACCCUGCUCACCCGCCAUCCCUUCUGCGAGUCCGAUGCGAACUACAACUUCCUAGAUACGGAAUUGUACGCCAAGAUUCGCGACGUUCUUUGA